AGUAAACAAGAGGCAAUGGACGAAUUGGAAGGAAUCGACUUAAUUGAAAAUAAUGGAGAAGCAAUUCCAACUACACAGGCAGCAAAGUCUAUUAAAGCGAUAGACAGAACAACAGUUCAUAAGAUAUGCUCUGGCCAGGUUGUUUUAACACUGGGAACAGCUGUCAAAGAACUUGUGGAAAACAGUAUAGAUGCCGGAGCUACAAGCGUAGAGAUCCGCCUUCGAGAUCAUGGCAUUUCCAUGGUUGAAGUUAUAGAUAAUGGAAAGGGAGUGGAAGAGAAUGACUUUGAAGGGUUGACUUUAAAACAUCAUACCUCAAAAAUACAAGACUUUGGGGACUUGGUUGGAGUGAAAACCUUUGGGUUCCGAGGUGAAGCCCUGAGUUCCCUGUGUGCCCUAAGUGACCUCACAAUUGCAACGCGGCAUGAAAGUCAAGCAGUUGCCACUAAACUUGUUUAUGAUCAUAAUGGCAAACUCGUCUCCAAAACUCCUUGCCCUAGACAGGUUGGAACAACUGUCACUCUGCAGAACCUGUUCUCAACCUUGCCAGUGAGACACAAGGAAUUCCAGCGUAAUAUCAAGAAGGAGUUUGGCAAGAUGGUGCAGGUCCUGAAUUCAUACUGCCUAAUAUCUACUGGAAUUAGGAUAUCUUGUACAAAUCAGAGUGAUAAGGGCAAGAAAGCAGUUGUGCUGUCAACAAAUGGACAUCCAACAAUUAAGGAGAAUAUCUCAUCAGUAUUUGGAGCCAAACAGGUUUCAAGCCUUAUGGAAUUCAAGCAGGAAACAGCAUCAGAUGAUAUUUUGUCUGAAUAUGGGAUGCAGUGCUCUAGUGAAGAUAUCAAAGGAAAUACAUUAUUUACCCUGGAGGGAUUCAUUUCGUCUUGUGAACAUGGACAGGGACGUUCAGCCUCUGAUCGCCAGUUCUAUUUCAUCAACUCUCGUCCAUGUGAUCCAGCAAAAGUCAGCAAGGUAGUGAAUGAGGUAUAUCAUCAGUAUAACCGCUACCAGUAUCCUUGUGUUGUGCUCAACAUUCGUUUGAAAGAGGAUGACGUUGACAUCAAUGUGACUCCAGACAAGAGGCAGAUAUUAGUCAAUAAUGAGAAGCUUUUACUUGCAACAAUCAAGACCUCAAUGAUUCGUCUCUAUGGAAAUAUACCAAAUUCUUUCAAAAUGCAGAACACCUCUCUCAGCAACUCUUUUACAUCCUCACCAAGUAAUAUCUCAUCAAGAGCAAGCCCCAGUGCAGGGAGUCCUUCCAAUAGUAGGAUCUCAGCACUUAGCCAGAAGUUUGGUCGUAAAUCUGAAGGAUCUCCACUGUCAAACUUCUCCCCUUCACAGCCUUCAACUCCACUUUCAGCAUUUAGCCUCAAGAGGAGCUUUUCCAACAGUUCUUGUGCUGAUGAAAGCCCAAGUAAUAAACAACCAAAACUUGAAUCUUUCCUGGCAAAAUGCAAAUCUGAUCCUGGAAAAAAUCCUGUUACAAGCAUGAAAUCUGAGGUAGAAGACAAUGCCUUUCUCUCAGAUUUCACUUCACUGGAAAAAGAUGAGAUUGUUACAAAUGGAGAUGAGAACAAAACAGAAAGUAAUGAUUUAGUUGAAGAAAAGUGUAAAGACAUGGAAGAUGGAAGAAUGAUGGUAAAAAGUGAAAUUCUUGAAUCUGAUGAGAAAGAAAUCAUGCCACCAGACGAUGUGGAUGGGACAAAGGAAAUUUCAAUAAAAACUGAAGAUAACCAAAAGGAGACAUUAUUGGUACUGCCAUCCGAGCUUGUAAAUGGAGAUGCUGGUAUAUCAGAUGGCAAUGAGGAGAUACCCAACACCCAGGAAAGCAGCGACUUUGCAAAUAAUAACAAUGAAAAAGAUUCAUCAAAAACUGAUGAAGUAAGAAUUCCUCGGUUAUCCAGUAGUUCUUCAAAAAGUCCUGGGUUAAAGAGUGGUCUUUCUCAAUUUUCUAGGUCUGCAUCAGUAACAUCUCAAAGCUGUAAGAAGGCUCAUAGUGCUACAGAUAAUUUCUUAAAUAGUCUUUUAGCAAAGAAAUCACAGAACAAAUAUGUAAAAGAACCCAACAUAACAUCUACCAAUGGAUACAGACAAAAUGCUGUGGAUGUGAGAGAGCCGGAAGGUGAAGAAGCAUUCGAGGACACAGAUUUUGCGGAGGCCUUGGAAGAUGAGUUUUAUGAAGAUAAUGCUCCAGGAGAGGAGAAAACAAAAGAAGAGAUUAUUGUGUGUGAAGAGUAUGAUCCAAAUGAUUUUAUAGCAAACAGAAAAUCUAGAACAAUUGAAUUCAACAUUGAAGACAUCAGAAAGAAAUUGAACAUAAGUAGUAGUCCUGAAAAAGAAGAACAUGGAGAAUUAGUCAGAAAGUUCCGAGCCAAGAUUGCCCCCGGUGAAAAUACGUCAGCGGAAGAUGAGCUGAGGAAAGAGAUCUCAAAAGACAUGUUUGCAAAGAUGGAGAUUUUGGGUCAGUUCAAUUUGGGAUUCAUCAUCGCCCGCUUUGGCUCAGACCUUUUCAUAAUUGACCAGCAUGCAACUGAUGAAAAGUACAACUUUGAAACUCUCCAGGCAACAUGCACAAUUCAGAAUCAGAGGCUUAUUGCCCCACAACAGCUGGAACUGACAGCAGCCAAUGAAACAGUCUUGUUAGAUAACUUGGAGAUAUUUUUAAAAAAUGGAUUUGAGUUUAAGAUUGAUGAAGAGAAACCAAUGGGACAAAGGGUAAGCCUAAUUUCAAUGCCCCAUAGCCGUGGUUGGGAGUUUGGACGAGAUGACAUCGAUGAAUUGAUAUUCAUGUUAUCUGAUGCUCCUGGGGUGAUGUGUCGACCAACUCGUGUAAGGGCAAUGUUUGCUUCAAGAGCUUGCCGCAAGUCCAUUAUGAUUGGUACUGCAUUAACAAAAGCACAGAUGCAGAAGCUGGUUUGCCAUAUGGGUGAGAUUGAUCAGCCUUGGAAUUGUCCGCAUGGUAGGCCCACAAUGAGGCAUUUGAUAAAUCUUGAUAUGGUCACUGCAUCCAGAUGAGUAUGUUUUUAGGUUUUGCUCUUAUAAAUAGAGAAAAAGUUAGAUCGUAAAGGUGACUUGUA